AUGACCAACCUCAUGAAGAAAUUGAUGGUCAAGAUUGCAACGAACCAUCAUACCGUGAAAGCUAAACCCGUACCAGCAAAUGAAGGAAUAUCAAUGGAUGAAAAGCCUUUUGAACAUGAUGAUGUAUCUUCCAUCUAUGAUGAAACGAAUCAAGAAUGGAUUACUCAACACAAUCCUCUCUUUGAUUGUAACUUUGCAACCUUGUUAGAGAUUACGGAUGGAGUUAUGAAACCCCAAUGGACCACCACCUCUUCUAAUUCUUCUAAUCAUCAUCAUCAUCAUACUUUCCGAAUUCCUUCCUAUUUGAAAACAACUACGACUUCCUGUAACACAACAACAACAACCAUAACAACUCGGAAACGAAGAGGCUCUUCCAUUCUCUCACUCGCCCAACAUCCUUCUCAAGGUUGUUCUUCUCCUUCUCCUCGUUUUGUAGCCAAGAUGGAAUUUGAAUCGGAUUGGCAAGUUCAAGAACAUUUCAUGGCCAAGUUUGAAAGUGUGGAGAGAUUGAGUCGGAAACCCAACUCGUGUUUGUAUCAAGUCAAACAUUCGGAACAUGAUUCAACUCGAAGAAUUUUGAGACUCAUUCAAGCAGAGAGUGCCUCACAUGCCAAACAAUUAGUUGACUCACUUGUGAAUAUUCAAUCCAACAUUAUGCAACACGAAUGUUUUGUGCAAAUACAUGAUGUUUGUAUGGUGGGUGAAACGACAGUUGCUGUUGAAAUGGAAUAUAUUGAAUUGGGAGAUUUACAAACCUUCUUGGAAGAGGAAGGAUUGUUCUUGUCGGAUGAAAUGGUUCAACAAGUCAUUGUUCAAGUGUGUCACGCUCUUCAAUUAUUACAAGAGAAGAAAACACCAUUGACUCAUGGUCAAAUUCGACCACAAAAUAUUCUCAUUCGUUCGUUUAAUGAUGACACAAAUGAAAUUAAGAUUGCCUUAUCAGACUUUGGAUGGAAAUCACCAAAUUUAAAUCGAUCGAGUCGAGACAAACGAUUUGUCAUUCCAUCCAGCAAGUUAAUUUCCACUUCCUCUGAACUUUCUAACAAGGACAACACUAACAUGAUUGCUUGUGAAAUUUUCCAUUUGGGUGUUUCAUUGUAUCAACUUUGUAGCCGAGACAAGGAAGUCAUCCUGUCUCAACUCUAUGAACAACAAGAUCUCGAUGAGAUGAGUGUACGAGAAGCGUUAGCAGCUCGCUUAACCAAACACUAUCAAUAUCGAGCAGAAGUUGUCGAUGUGAUUUUGCAAAUGAUUUCUCCUAUUGGAGACAAUUUUGGUUCAUUGACUGUGAAUGGUUUGUUGUCCAGCCUUAAUAUGGUGGCACCACAGUCAGUGUGA